UACAAGAAUGGGAAUAUGGCGUAGAUGUGUUGAUUUGUUUUUACAUUUUGUAAAUACCUAAUUUUGAUAUUUAUCCGACGCAAAUCUAUUCGAUUUAAGCAUUUAUUUUUAAGUGUGACAUUUUGUGCAAUUGAUUCUUUGUUGUGUGAUAGUGACUAUUGAAUAUAACGGUAGCCUACUUUCCAUGGUAAAAUUUCACAAGUCCAUGAGUAAAGCCAGCAAUUAUUAUUAUUACCGUAGACAAUGUUGUGUGCAAUGAGUUUAAUAAGUGACGAUAUGGAUAAGGAUACAUCUUCUCAAAACUCUAUAGGCCUACGUAGUCAUUCAGCCCAAGGCCUAGGCAAUAAUUCUAGUCCUUUAAAAAUACCGUUGCCACCUCGAUUAUGGAUAACAGAUAUAGAAGAUGAGUCUUCAGAUGAUAUGAGUAGUUCCCGAGAAGAUGGAGUUGUACAUGUGGAAAGAUCACGAAUGAGGUCUCGUUUUAGACAUCAUAAGCGAGGGACAUCCAACUGUAUACCCCUUGGAAUAUUUUGGGAUAUUGAAAAUUGUCAAGUACCCCGUGGUUGUUCAGCGAUUGAUGUGGUAGCAGCAAUAAGAGCUAAAUUCUUAGUUGGUAGAAGGGAAGCUGACUUUGUUGUUGUAUGUGAUGUAAGGAAAGAAUUGCCAAAUAGACUACAGGAACUCAAUGAUUCUCAGGUCAACUUAAUACAUGUAUGUGGAACUCAAAAAAAUGCAGCUGAUGAGAAAUUGAGGCAAUGUAUGCGACGUUUUGGAGAAUUACACCCUGCCCCAGCCUCUUUACUGUUAAUCUCUGGGGAUAUUAACUUUGCAGCUGAUUUAAGCGACUUUAGACAUAGGAAAAAUAUGGAAGUGAUAUUGGUGCAUAAACAGAACACCUCAGCCGCAUUAAUUACUUGUGCCUCCUCACACUUUUGUUAUAAUGAGCUGACCGCACAUCUCCCAAGGAAUCCUAAGGUAAGCCAAACAGAAGAAGAUGAGGAGCCUACAUGCGAAAUGGAAGUUAUAAACUUGCCAGUAGAUCAACCACCUGAAAGAGUGUCAAGACGAUUGAGGAGACUGGCGGAUAAUUGUGGGGGUAAAGUCCUAAGAGUGACAGCGUCCACAGCAAUGAUGAAGUUUCCUACUCCAGAUCAUACAUCCCGUGCAUUGAAACGUAUGGAGGGCGAAGACGUCUUCGGACGAAAAAUAAGUACGCGUUACGUACGCAGUGCGUUGCAACCCGCGUACUCCAGUGACGAGGGCUAUUGCACUGCGCCUCCUAGUCAGCCAACCAUGUUACCACAGCCUCCAACUCACUUUGUGCUCCCUCAGGUACCACAAGUAGCCAUGGAGAGGGAACAGGUGGCGAAUGAAUGGGCGUUAGCUUUGAAGCAACUACCGGUGCCUGCCGUGCCAUUGGAGUAUUGCCCUCCUCCCAAACCCAGGAAGAUUAGAGGCAGACAUGGAUCAGCGAGCCUGGAUCAAUCAGCGUGCUCUUCGAGCAAUUGUAGCGCUGAAGACAGCCGACUUGGGAUCGGUCGUUCGAUGUCUCCGUGGAACUCGUCCGCCAGCUUCAGCGAUCAGAGCGAGACUGAGGAGUCUGUUACGGAGUUAACUGUGGCUAAUCUUCCACCCCAUGAUCCGAAUGUAUUGCAGGAUAUGGUUCUAAAGCUACUAAACCAACACGUGCCCGUAUUACGCGUAACCGUUUGGUCCAGCGGGGAAGGGCCAGUCGCGACCGUCCUCCUCCGAUCCGAGGGGGACGCACGGCUCGCAAUAGCCCGUAUCCACAAACGCCGGCUCGAUAACAUCUGGGCGGGUCGCAGGCUCGACUUGUCCCUCGGCAGGCCCUCCCCGGCGCCCAGUCUAGACGUCUUAAGAGCGCGCCUACGGGCUAUCCUACUAGAGCACAGAGGACAUACGCUGCCCCUCGUGCGCCUACGUGACGCGUACGCAAGCAGGCAUUCGUGUGCCAUAACGACAUCGGACAUUGCUAAGAUUCGUGACACGGUGGUGAUUCAGGAGGGUUUCGGGCGUAUGGUGCAGUUGGUGGAUUUCUCGCCGGCGUCCAGUGCCGAAAUGGAUGAAGCGCCGUGGAGGUGCAACGUACACGCGACGUUCACGGGACACGACGACGGGAGUAGGAUAUUGCAACCGGUGUUUAUGAAGAUAUCGGUGCUGACGAAUAAUAUAAGGAUGUUGAUGGAGGGGCAUAAUGGCAUUUUGCCUCUGUUGAGUUUUGUGGAGUGUUACGAGUCAAUGUUCCCACCGCUAGUGUGUGACCCACGGUACGGUGUACCCCUAGAGCUACUCCUGCGCAGCAUUCCCUGUGUUGCUGUGAAGGACAGUCCGUCACGACACCUCGCCUGGGCCGAACCGCCGGUUCUGCCUCCACCAUUUGAUAGUUGUGAGAUAUCUCGAGUCCGUGGACGUACUGCGCCAGCGUUGGAGCCAAUGUUGGCUUUAAUUGAAAAGGAACUCUUGGACCUGCUACGGGCCCAACCCAAGUGCUCUAUACAAUUCAGCAAGUUGAUUCCAGCUUUCCACCACCAUUUUGGUCGUCAAUGUCGAGUAGCUGACUAUGGAUUCACCAAGCUACCUGAUCUCCUCGCAGCUUUGAAUAAGAGUAUUGUGGUCCUUGGUUCGGGAUCAUAUCGUAUCAUAACUAUUUCCGCCUCCGCCCAAAGUCGUCGUUGGACAUCUGAUGUCUUAAAAAUUCUGAACUCCCAUUUGGGUCAAGCGAUACACGUCCACAACUUCUCCCAGUACUACCAAGCCGUCAUAUCUAGGCCCUUCUCUCCAGUCGACUACGGCGUUUGCACCUUCGAUGAACUUUUGCAGAAAACCUUACCCGGUUGUAUCGUGGUCGGCCCCGAUGGCUCGAUAUCCCUCCCUGUGCACCCUCACGUAAGGGAACCGCAAGACGCUUCUAGAAUCCUCGAAUUCGCGGCCCAAACUGUGGAAAUUCUCUGCCACACGCCGAACUUCCAGAUGGAGUUCUCUCGCUUCGUUCCGAUGUACCACACGUACUAUGGCAAACAGUUGCGUGUAGCGCACUUCAGUUGUGCCAAAUUGAUGGAUCUCUUCGAAAUAAUAUCCCAAGUGGUGACCGUGUACAACGGGCCAACUGGGGAACGUACGCUGAAAUUGGGCACGCACAUUGCCCGUCCUAUGUUCUCGCAGCGUUUGAAGUGUAUGACACCGAUGGAGUUGGUGAAUUUCCCGAUGCGUUAUACAGCUCAGUACGGGGCUCCCCCUCAGCCGGCCAUUUUAGAAGUUAAGAGCAUUGAAGAUAUGGUUUUAGAUGCAUCGAGCAGGAUCGAAUGGGGUUACAUUUAUUCCACGGGCGAUAACGCUAUUUGGGUGAACGCAGCGCUAACGGCGUGUUCCGUUUUAUCUGCUGACCGUAGUGUGGCGCGUGGGUCGUCCGAGGAGUAUUUUGUUACGGCCUAUACUCAGUUGAAGGGGUCACCUCCACAAGUGACUCAGCUCCAAGUUUUGGGGGUAAUAGAAGUGUCAGACCGCUACGUGCGCCUGGCUCCCUUGUGGCGCACAAUAUGGAGAGUUGUGAUGAUCCUCGCAGAUCACAAACACCCAGUUCCGGCUAUGGAGGUCUUCUUGGAGUAUACUAAGCGAUUUGGACCCACAUUCCCGAAGGCUGAGUUAGGUCUUGAAGCAGUAGUAGCUUUCCUAAAGGAAAACGAAGCCGUAUUCAAACCUGUGUCCUCUGUGGAGGGUCCAACGUGGCACCUCGGUGAGGGAGUUUUCCCUCCUCAGAUGCGGGAGCUCGUGAAACAUUGCAAGGUCUCUGAAGACUACUCUAAAUAUGAUACUCCGCCUGGACAAAAGGGUUCUCGCGUGUUCGAGUCUCCAAAGAGAUUUGCCGGAAGCAUCUGGUCUCCUCCCGCCAGCUCUGUACCGUUACCAGACGGCUUGAUCGGACAGGACAAACGUCGCACCCGCCUUGCAGCCCAGUUUGAUUCAGUGUGAUAAAUCAUUCCCAAUGUAUAAUUAAGGGUAAGAACACAUUCCAUUCCCACACUUUAUAUGGAGUGUACAUGUGUUCCAACGAAUUUCCAAAUCUUAUACGUCUCCGAUGUGAUGUUAAACAAUAAUAUUUUAGAUUGUGUAUUUUUGUGUGUUUAUUAAUUAUAAGAAAUGCAUUCGCUAAGUGUUACAGUGCUGUACAUAUGUGGACUUAACUCUGUUAAUUUAAUAGUUAUUUAUAAUGUUUGAGAAAUGUAAAAGCAACAAAAUUCAGGAAGUUGUUUUUUUUGAAUGGGGUAAGAAAUUUUUUAUCAAGUUAAAAGUUCCAAAGACUUGUCUUAAGUACUACUCUAAAAUAAGGCAAUCAAUAUUUUACCUUUUGACACUGACUUAAUAGAUAGACCCUAAGUAUAUUUUGUAUAUUAAACUCACUAUACAUAUCCUUUCAUACGCUCAAUGUUUUAGAUAAGCACUGGUAACAUUAAACGAAUGUUCACAUAAAAGUACAAUAAUCAUGAUUUAUUUAUAAGAGAAAAUCAUUGAGAAUAUGAUCUCGAUUAUUUCUAUAAAUGCUUUAUUUAAUAUUGGCUUUAAAUGACUUAUUCGAUGACUGUUGUUAAAGUUCCAAUAUAUAGAAUACCAUUCGAAUUUAUAAUUUUAGAUGGAACUUAUAUUUUUAUCUUCAAAAUGUUUAUAUUUCCUGUUAAUGAGUUGUACGCGUGUUUGAGACUUAGCGUCCGGUAAUUGUUGCACAAAACUCCAUAUAAUUUUGUACAUAUUUAAAUUAUUCUGUUGUACCUUAGAAAAUAAUUUUUGUUAAUAGCCUCUACGGAUGGAACUGGACACUCGCCACAAAAUUAAGUCAAUUAUACAUUUUGAGGUUUUGAUUGUCUCUUUAGACCUGUGCAAUUUUUACGACAAAUCUAAAGCAAAAUUCCACAUUACACCUGAGUUAAUUUUAUAAGCAUUUUUAAUAAGUUAUUUUAAGUGAUUGAAAGCAGACAGUCUAAUAUGUGUUCAAAAUGGCUGUCUGUUAGCAUCCAAAAAAUUAGUAUAAUGAUAAGUUCUUGACUCAUCUUAGCCUAAUUAGCAUAAGUAAUUAAUUUAAGGAUCAGUUUUGUUAUGUUUUGAGUUUUUUUGUAAAUAAAUGUGUAUGGAGUAACAAUUGUGAAUUGAAGCUACAAUUUAUUCUGUGAUAUUAUAAUACCGCAUCUUUAUGUCUCUAUGUAUAAAAUGUACAUACUAUAUUCGAUUGCUACUAGUAAUUUACACAUUUAUUUACAUCAAUUAUAUUUCGGGUGGAAAUGUGGAUUUUGAUUAUUUUGUAAGCGGGCCCUUGCUUUAUAAGUUGUAUACUGCCAGUUUGCAUUUUAGAGUGAAUAACCAUUAAAGCAAAGUAUAGAAACCAGAAAAUAAAAUGUUUCAAAAGAUUUGGACAGCUUUAAUGGGUAUAAGCUCAAACUUCUUCAAGGUAAGUGGGUUUUAAAUCUGAUUCUUUUAUAGAGAAUGAAUGAAGAGAUUUUUUAAUCGAAUUUUGAGGAUUUUAUCGUCAUGACUUAUUUGGAUUAAUGUACUUAUAAAUGAGUGAAACACCAGUUUGUUAGAAAAAUUUAAACUGGAACAAAAUGUUUAAGCCAUCUUUUAUUUUAUGACCAAGUAAACUUAAAUUUCAAUAUUUAGAUAAGAUUUUUCAAGUACAGCAAGAGAAGAUGUUUGUAUUUUAUUACAUCU